GGCUAGACUUGGAUGCUUCCACAAUCACAGUAUGGAAAUUUCCACUCUUUAGGAAGCGAAAAGAAAAGAAGGAAGGGUCUCUCAGUCUACUCUUAACCGCCGCUUCCCUUGGAUUCCAACCUGAAGAGAGACAGGCGGAACAGGGUGUUCUGAACGUCACCUCGAAGUGGAAGAGCCUUAAGCUGAAGGUGCUGUGUAUUAUUUACACUGAAGAAGCUCUUGUGUGGACAGGAAAGCGCUGACAGGUCACAUGGACCCCAUGGAGCUGAGCAACGUCAACAUCGAGCCUGACGACGGGGAGAGCAGCAGCGGAGAAAGUAUGCAAGACAGCUUCACGAGGAUGGGAAGCUCUGAAAAGGCAGCCAUGAACAGUCAAUUUGCUAAUGAAGAUGCUGAAAGUCAGAAGUUCCUGACAAACGGAUUUUUGGGGAAGAAGAAGCUGGCCGAUUACGGGGAUGAACAUCACCCCGGAACGACUUCCUUCGGAAUGUCCUCCUUCAACCUGAGUAACGCCAUCAUGGGCAGUGGGAUCUUGGGCUUGUCCUAUGCCAUGGCCAACACAGGGAUCGUCCUUUUCAUAAUUAUGCUGCUUACUGUGGCGACACUAUCUCUCUAUUCGGUUCACCUUCUGUUAAAGACAGCCAAAGAAGGAGGAUCUUUAAUUUAUGAAAAAUUGGGGGAAAAGGCAUUUGGAUGGCCUGGGAAAAUUGGAGCCUUCAUCUCUAUUACCAUGCAGAAUAUUGGAGCAAUGUCCAGCUACCUCUUCAUCAUUAAAUACGAACUACCUGAAGUAAUUAGAGCAUUCAUGGGACUUGAAGAAAACACUGGGGAAUGGUACCUCAAUGGCAACUACCUCGUCAUAUUUGUGUCUGUGGGGAUUAUCCUUCCACUCUCUCUCCUUAAAAACUUAGGUUACCUUGGCUACACCAGUGGAUUUUCCCUGACGUGCAUGGUGUUUUUUGUCAGCGUGGUGAUUUACAAAAAAUUUCAAAUACCCUGCCCUCUGCCCGUUCUGGAUCACAAUGUUGGAAAUCUGACGUUCAACAGCACACUUCCAAUGCACGUGAUUAUGUUACCCAAUAACUCAGACAGCACUGAUGUGAACUUCAUGAUGGAUUACACUCACCGGAACCCAGCAGGGCUGGAUGAGAACCAGGCCACAGGUCCACUUCACAGCAGUGGAGUGGAAUACGAGGCCCACAGCAGUGACAAGUGUCAACCUAAAUACUUUGUAUUCAAUUCCCGGACCGCCUAUGCGAUUCCAAUCCUAGCCUUUGCUUUUGUGUGCCAUCCCGAGGUCCUUCCCAUCUACAGUGAACUUAAAGAUCGGUCCCGGAGAAAGAUGCAAACAGUGUCCAACAUUUCCAUCACAGGAAUGCUCAUCAUGUACCUGCUCGCCGCUCUCUUUGGCUACCUAACUUUCUAUGGGGAAGUUGAAGACGAGUUACUCCAUGCUUACAGCAAAGUCUACACAUUUGAUACCCCUCUGCUCAUGGUACGCCUGGCAGUCCUGGUGGCGGUGACACUAACGGUGCCCAUUGUCCUGUUCCCAAUUCGGACCUCAGUGAUCACACUGCUGUUCCCCCAAAGACCCUUCAGCUGGGUAAAGCAUUUCCUGAUUGCCGCAAUAAUCAUUGCGCUCAACAACGUCCUGGUCAUCCUUGUGCCCACCAUCAAAUACAUCUUUGGAUUCAUAGGGGCUUCGUCGGCUACCAUGCUGAUCUUCAUCCUUCCAGCCGCUUUUUAUCUCAAGCUUGUCAAGAAGGAACCUCUUAGGUCCCCCCAAAAGGUUGGGGCUUUGGUCUUCCUUGUGACUGGAAUUAUCUUCAUGAUGGGAAGCAUGGCGCUCAUUAUAAUCGACUGGAUUUACAACCCUCCAAAUACCAAGCAUCACUAGUCCUAGGGAAAAGCUUUUCUAUUGGAAAUGGCUGAAAUUAUGCUCCAAAGGACAUUUCAGUUGCCUUGAUUGGGAUGUUAUCCAGGGGAAAUAAUGAGAAGAUUCUAAAGACAGUUUCUAGUUCCAUUGCCUGACACCCAUGGAAGAGGAAAUGAUGGGUUUGGUCGGGAUGGCGAAUGCAUUAAAGAUCCAUGGCACACAUUUCAACCCAGGUCUGCUAGUGCAGUGUGUGACGCCCAAAGUGUGUUCUGCAGGUGUGCAAGCAGAAUCCAGGUGGCUGCAUGUCUUGGUCAGCAGACAAUACUGUGCCCCCACCCCCCUCACCCACCCCCAUUGCUCACUCCCCACACUUCACCACCCCAGAUAACAAAUAAUUGUAUUCACAGAACAUCAAACAAAAAUGCCCCAGUGCAAAGCUGUGAUCACUUAAGGCCAUCUCCCAUCCUGCACCACCACUAAGGGUCUGUUGCCUGACUGAGGCAGGCAUGUAUCUUGGGAACUGUUCCUGUGAGGUCCAUGAAUGACAGAUACCAGUCUAGAGUGCUUCGUUUCAAUACUAAAAGGGUAGUUUGCCCAACCUGCUUAUUACACUGAAUUAGUGUCGAUGGGUUUUUUAUGGUAAACGUUAAAACAUCUCAUUAAAUUGGGGGGGGGUAUUCAAUUAUCAAGAAAUAACAACAACAAAAUAACGCUUUCAGCUAAACUGCCUAGUGAGACAGCAUCUGCUUUUCCACGUUGCCCCUGGUAUUUUUGUCACACUUUUGUCUUUGAACAAGGCUUGCCCUCUUGUCUUCCAUUCUCAGGCAUAAUUUUCAGAAGACCAUAAUUCAUGUGGAGACACACUACCCAGUAUUGCUUGAUACAUUUGUAUUUGAUAAACAUUCAGUGCAGGAAACUGUGAUUUUGCUACAUAUUUGUGUAUAUAUAAUCUCAUUCUGUAGUUAUCAGAAUGUUGACAUAUGGUACAUUGGAUUUUUAUUUUUUAACGUGUAGUUUUCUUUCUUCACAGUCAAAACAUUUAUAUUAUUGGGUUGGGGCAGGGAAUUAAGCUAGUGGUCUCAAAAGUCCAUGGGUAUGUAUCUGUCCAUUGGAGACAUAUAAAAAUUAAAACCAAAGUUGUACGUAGUUCAGUAAUGCUCUUCACUGUUUACAACACUAUCAUCACCUAUGGGAACUUAGCAGAGAAAGGGACUCUUUGUUUGUAAAUAAUUUCUGGUACCAGCAUUGGUCUUUGAGUUUAGCAUGUCUAGAAUAGGACUCUGCUCCUCUUAGCUCUCAUGGGAAUUUGCUGACAUUCAUCUGUCGUUAAUAUAAUGUUAAGUGGUUAGAAACAAAUGCCCUCACAUGACAUGAAAACAUAGACCACCAUUCUUUUUCUUUUUUCUUUUUUGUUUUUUUUUUUUUUUUUGGUUUUUCGAGACAGGGUUUCUCUGUGUAGCUUUGCGCCUCUCCUGGAACUCACUUGGUAGCCCAAGCUGGCCUCGAACUCACAGAGAUCUGCCUGCCUCUGCCUCCUGAGUGCUGGGAUUAAAGGCGUGCGCCACCAACACCCGGCAGACCGUAGAUGCUUUCACGGGAUAGAGUUCAGUUGCCACUCACUGCCUAGAAUUGGGGCAUUCACUACUAUUUUUGUUUCAAUUAUUUGUUAUAGACUUUACAUUUCAGUAAAACCCAAGUAUGAAAUACACAUAUCAUACAGAUAAUGAUCAUGCUGUCAUAUUAAAACAGUUUUUCUGCAGCGUGCCUAAAAAAUAUAUAUUUGUUUUAUGUAUCAUUUUCCGUAGUUAUAAUACUAUAAAAUGGUGUGUUUUGUAAUAGAAAUUGAGCAUUACUAGAAACUAUCAUAACUUUUAAGUUAUCAAGAUUUGGGAAAGAGAUAAAAAAAAAAUCACCAAAUAGCAUCUUUAAGAUUUCUUUCCAUUUUCAUUCACCCAACAAAUAAACCAAGAUAGGAAGUGGAAAAGGUAUGUUACAAAUAUUAAAUAUGUUUAGUCCGAACAUAUUUAAAUGUAAAUAUAAAAGGUUAAUCCAAACAUAUUGGAAAACUGUAAAAUCUGUAUAUAUUUUGAGUAUUUUACAUUGAGAAUGACUAACUUGAAAGCAUCCACAUUUGGAAUUAUAUAACUAUUCAAGAGCAAUAUGACAGCGCCAAAGACUACAUACAGCACGGCUCUUUCGCGUGGCCAUCUUCAGGGUUAGGGUUUGCACAAGCUGCAGGGCCGGUUUGCGGAAUACCUUGUUCUGGCAAAUUGAACCCAUUUGUAAACAGAUACAAAUUUUAUUUUCUUAUAUCGUUUGUAAGGUGGUUCGAUGUACUGGGAAGAUUUUUUUUUAUUACAGAGACUGUAUAUUGGUAUAUAAUAAAUGAACUUUUCAAAUGA